AUGUCUGACCUCAAAGUUGACCUGACGGCCCCUAAUGGCAGGAAGAUCACUCUCCCAAUUGGCAUCUACAUCAACAACGAGUUCGUGAAAGGAAACGGAGGUGAGAUCGAAAGUAUCAACCCUACUGACGAGUCAGUGAUUGCAAAGGUUAGCGCUGCCUCAGCAGAUGAUGUCGAUGCAGCUGUGAAGGCAGCUCGAAAGGCAUUCAACGACCCGUCAUGGCGCGAUCUGCCAGGCCCAGAUCGUGGCGCGAUCAUGUUCAAAUGGGCUGAUCUACUCGAGGCCAACAGGGAAACGCUCGCGACCCUUGAGACAUGGGACAAUGGUAAACCGUACAGUGUCUCCUACAACGAAGAUUUGGCAGAAGUCAUUGGCUGUCUUAGAUAUUAUGCCGGCUGGGCCGACAAAAUUCACGGUCAGACUAUUCCUACUACACCAGGCAUGAAGUUUGCAUACACUCUCAAGCAGCCAAUUGGCGUGUGCGGUCAGAUAAUCCCGUGGAACUACCCUUUGGCAAUGGCAGCUUGGAAAUUGGGACCGGCUCUUGCUUGUGGCAAUACUGUUGUGUUGAAGCCAGCUGAGCAGACACCUCUGAGUAUCUUGUUCGCAGCACAGUUCAUUUCUGAAGCUGGCUUUCCACCAGGCGUCAUCAACAUCAUCAACGGAUAUGGUAAGGAAGCGGGGCAUGCUCUUGUAUCUCACCUCGACGUCGAUAAGAUUGCUUUCACUGGCUCGACCGCAACGGGCAAGGCGAUUAUGAAAACAGCAUCUGUAAACAUGAAGAACAUCACUUUGGAAACAGGCGGAAAAUCACCAUUGAUUGUCUUUGAGGACUGUGAUCUUGAUCAGGCUGCUAAGUGGUCACAGAUCGGCAUAAUGUCGAAUCAAGGUCAAAUCUGUACGGCGACAUCACGAGUCUUGGUUCAAGAAUCGAUCCUGGAUAAAUUCGUAGAGAAGUUCCAGGAGGCCAUCAAGACGACUUCAAAGGUUGGCGAUCCCUUCGCAGACGACACAUUCCAGGGACCACAAGUCACCAGAGCACAAUACGAGCGUGUACUCUCCUACAUCGAAGCUGGUAAAUCCGAGGGUGGCAAGCUGUUGACUGGUGGUGAGCCACACAAGAAUGUUGGAGAGGGCAAAGGAUUCUUCAUUGAGCCAACAGUCUUCACGGACGUUACAGAGGAGAUGAAGGUAUAUCAGGAGGAAAUUUUCGGUCCUUUCUGCGUUGUUGUCUCUUUCAAAACCGAGGAGGAUGCUAUUCGGAUGGCAAACAAUACGACCUAUGGUCUCGGUUCAGCCAUCUUUACUCAAAACCUGGAAAGGGCUCACAGAGUGGCUGAGAAGAUUGAAGCCGGUAUGGUUUGGAUCAACAGCUCACAAGAUUCGGACAUUCGUGUACCCUUUGGAGGAGUGAAGCAGUCGGGCAUUGGCAGGGAGCUGGGUGAAGCUGGUCUCGCAGCCUACUCGCAGACAAAGGCUGUGCACGUGAAUUUGGGGUUGAAACUGUAA